GGAACGGUUCUGCCAACUAUACUACACUUUUUAAGGUCCAAAUGUCCAUUUUAGCAUACGUUAAAUUUGUGAUCUUUUUGUAUAUAUAUUUUUUUAUCAGAACCGAGUUGGAAUCAUGAAAUAGAUUUCAGCUUUAAAAAUGAGUAUAGAAACUCUGCUAGAAGCAGCUGAAUAUGUUGACAAAGUUGAAACUACUAAAGAUGGCAGAGUCACAGCUCAGCAGACACAAGUGACCUCACAUGAAUCAAUGAAUGCAGUGAAAACGUCUAGCACUAAUGCUGGAAUUAUGAAACAUUGGAGAAAAAGGGCAGUUGCACAAUCUGUAAUGGAACAAAGCCAAAGUAAUGUUCCACUUCCUAAAAACAUUUCAUCUUUUAGCCAGAAUGCUACGAGUGAAAUGGUAACUGAGAAUCCUGUAACUGUGAGCCAGAUUAAACCUGUUGCUGUUCCAGGCAAAUUACCUUUUCGAAAUGACAGUUCAGUUUUGAAUCCAGCUUUUUCUCAGGAAGCAAUGCAGUCUACACCAACACUGUAUAGAGUUUCAUCUAGACAGAAUAUGAUAAUCCCUCAACUUCAAACCAUAAAAACUGUCAAUGAAUCUUCAUCCAGUGAAAAUCAAGUCUUUCGAAAUUCAUCCGCAAAGCUAGGAAUUACCUAUACAGACAAUGAAUUACAAAAUAUUGUAUCAUCUUCAUCGAGUUCCCAAACCUUCCCCGCUCCUCCACAUAUUGUUGCAGUCAAUACAUUUUCUCCAAUAGUGGGAGCCGGGUCAAACAGUUCCACAACCGUAGAUGGAAAAGAUGGUCAUUCAAUGUUGCAAAGUUCAAUAAGUCAUAAUAAAAUUGUAUCUGCAAAGCAAGAUAUUUUGAGUCCGUCAAAGCAGAAAAGCCCGCUGGGUGCUGGAACUCGAGAAGCUCAUAACAAAUUAGAGAAAAGCAGACGUGCUCAUCUGAAGGAAUGCUUUGAAAUGUUGAGAGAAGUUGUUCCGAGUUUGGGCGCAAAGAAAGACUCCAAUCUUGUUGUUCUUCGAGAGGCAUUUAAAUAUGUGCAGUCAUUGAAGCGCAAAAGUCAGAAGCAAGAAAAUGAACUGGAUUUGCUAGCUAAAGAAAAGAUUGAAAAAAUCAAGCGAUUGAACAUACUGCGACAGAAUCUUAGCAAAUAUAUGGACCUAACAAGGAUUAGCAACAUUUUGGAUAAAGUUAAACAAAAUGCCACACAUCCCGAUUUUCAUCCUGCUGAAAAUACUGACAAUGUGAAGCAAAUUGAAUCAAUUCAGAGCACUGUUCAUUCAAAUACAUUUUUGUCACAGUUAAUAGAUGAAGGUCCCAUAAGUAGUUUUGUAUCAUCAGGCCUCCCUCCUACCUCUACUAAAGCAAACCCGAUAUCAACAAUUAGCAAUCCAGGUGUUAUUACUAAUGCAAGCUCUGCUACAGUUGUUGUGUCUACAAGCAAAUACAACACUGUUGUUGCUCAGUCCAUAUCCACAAAUAAACCUUUGACUAUUCAGCAUGGGACAACAAGUUUAAGGCAAAUAGGCACAACACCGCCAUACAGAACACCACAGAGUAUAGUAGCUGAUAAAUCCUUUUUGCAUAAUAUGACACCUUUAGCAAACCUUCCAGUAAGAAGCCAUCCAUCUACUGUCCGACUUAGCCAAAUAUCGGCUGACUUUCCACCUGGGAACUUGCCCCAGUUUGAUACAAUAACUGCAAAAGCUCAUAAAAUUCCCAGUGUGAAGUCAUACAAAGGCAGGUUAGUUUCUGGAAUUACUGGAAUAACUAUUGAUGGUUGCCCAAAUCCAUUGAAGAUAGUUGUAAAGCCUGUUGACAGUGCAAAACAGCAAGCAAGAGUUGUCUUCAAGUCUACUGAUAAUACUAAAUCUACAAUGGAAAACAGCAGGGUUUGGCAGAAACAGACAAGUCAACGGUCUCGACCCACUGAAUUGGUUCAUCGACCAAGAUCGUCUUAUACUCCACCCCCUCCUUCAAGAAUAACGCCAUACUUUCCAAGAUUUUCUGUAGGAUCUGGUGGAAGUCCUCCCCUCACAACAAUAUUACCUAAUAUAAAUGAUGUCGAUAUGCAAAAGACUACAAAAGAUAAGGAAACCGAGGUUUUACCAUCACAGAGCAUGUUUACAGUCUGGAGAUCAAAAAGUGAUAGUUUUAAUCUCCCAACUACUGAACAAAAGAAGCAAAGUGCUUCUGCGAAAAAGAGAAAAUUGCCAAUGAUGAAUACUGUUGAAAAACCUGUUAAAACUUUUAUAAGUGCGGUACCAUACCCUACAAAGAAUGCAGGGAUGACUAUGUCCCACAUGCCUGGUUCAGAGUCUGAAACAGAUAGCGAGACAGAAACCAAAACUAUCGGCUGGAAGAAUGUCGUAAAAAAUGAAAAUUAUUCUUCAACACCUUCUUCAAAUACUUUCAAGUCUCUACCAUCACUGCCUUCAACAAUUUUGUUUCCUCCACCCAGUUCUAUGAAGACUAACAGAUCUGUCACACAGGUUUGUUAUUCAACUUUAAAGAGUAUAAAACCAACUACAGCUAUCCUGCCAUCGGCAUCCACUCAACAACCAAUGAACAUUAAUAAUAAAAAUUCACAGAGCACUCUGUUAGUUCCAGCAAAUCAACUUCAAUCGCAAGGUAUUUCUCACAUGAUUUCAGCUCCAAGACCAAGUUCGUAUAUUGCCACUUCAAUGAGUACUGGCAUCAACAUAUCUCCGAUAAUGCCUAACCUUGCGUAUCAAAUCGUGAGUCCUGCAAGUAUGAAUACAUCUGUUGUACAGCAAGCAUCAUCUAUUUUCGAACAUCACAAUAAGUCACAAGCAUCUUCAGGACCUUUGACGAACGUUAUCACUGUUUCUUCGAAUAUAGCCACCAACUGGCCAUCAUAUUCAAAUCAAACAACAAAGCCAUCGGCUAUUCCUGUAUCUGUGCAGUAUAAUCUCGCAGCGACUCAGUUUUCAGGAGUUUCCUCCGCUACAAUUGCAACAACAUCUAACCAAAUUCCACAAGUACAAUAUAUUAUACCUGUUGGUUACCCCAGUAUGGUAGCUGCCAAUCCAGGUGGUGCACCUAUGGCACUUCCUUCUGCAAUGGGUGGCUUCAUUCCUGUAAUGCCACAAGGUCAAGGAUGGGGAUAUAUGAUGCCACAAAAUAUGGUUGCACCAUCUCCUAAUAAAUCCAUAGAUCGGGAAGUUGUCACUAAUAAUGUUAUAGUGGAUUCUUCAACAAAUGAUAUUUCAUAUAAUGGACAAGAUGUUCCAAAAUCCAGCAACAAUAGUACACAAUUUUCACAACCUGGAAAUGCUUUGACAAACUCUGAUCCAAAACUUCAAACUCCAGUAGCAAAUCCUGUACAACAGUUACAAAUAUUGCCAACUGGCUUUCAACACUCUAACCAUGUAAUGAUGCCCAUGGCUCCAGGCCAAGGUGGUGGAUUUAUAAUAGGUGGGGCACCAGCCAUUUUACCAUCUGCACAAACAGGAGCAGGAGAGGGUGAUGCCCGAACUGGUAAUGUAGGAUAUCAGCUUCCCAUCAUUGGAUAUCCAAUGCAACUAGGAGGGGCAUCUCCAAUACAAAUAGCAGCAAUGCCAAAUGCAACAUUCAACUUUCCAGGGGGAUUUAUUGGAUUUGCAGGAGGCAUACCGGCGCAAAUGAUGACCGUUCAAGACAAGAAUAUGAAUCCAUCGGCAUCAUCUAACUCUGUCAAUAUUCCUUCAAAAAACAAUGCAGGUGGUGGUGCAUCCACCUGAUAUUGUGAGCAGUAUAUUUUAGCAGAAGUCACAAAUUCAUCUCAAUGCACUUAUCAGAUUUUGUACUCUUUCCUUUAUUCUUCUUCCUACUUUUUUUACUUGUGUUUUCAUGUUUCGCAUAAUAGUACUGUUUGUAAUUUAUUUCAUUUCUGAAAGUUGUUCCAUUUUUAUAAGCUGGAAUCAGCUGAUGAUUUUGUGAUUCAUGAUAUCUUGAUUCUUUAAUAUAUAUAUAUAUAUAACAUAUAUUUUCCAGAGUCCUAGCUUUCGAAUAUCAAUUUUGUGAAUAAAUUUUCUGAUUUACCAUUGGUUUUGAUGGUUGAAGUUUGACGUUACUGUUAAUCAUAAGCAUUGACUCAUUGCAUAUUAACAACGCGAUUCUGGAAAAAUUCUAGAAUUUCAAUACAGCUGUGUCCUGUUUUUUUUCGAAUCUGUUCAAAAAUGACCACAACAUAUUUUAUUUGUAUAAUGA